UAUAAACACAGCAGCUGGGCUAACUGAAGACUCACAAGAGUCAUGAGGGUCUGGACGGCACUUACUCUGUUCCUGCUGUGUGCGGCCAAAGUUCACUGUGAUUACAAGAAUUACAUGUGUCCCCGAAAAGAAUCCCCUCCUGGUGUUCUGACUUUGACCCAGGGCUCAGAAGUCAUCUUGGGCUGCAGAGGUGAUGUCACUGUGGACGCAGUUCCAUUAGCUGUCACUACAAAAACCAAAGAGAAAUCUCAAAAAGAAGCCGUGACAGAGCCCUUGAGAUCUUCAAACGGUAGAAAAAAUCUUGGUACCACAGGAAGUUACCCCACUGAAAUCAAAACUGUUGCAGUACAUGUCACUAUGAAUCCCAAUGGAAUAGAUGUUCAAAACAAGAGGGUGAAUGUUAACACUGCUAACCCACCUACCAUCACACCGAAUGGGAAUAUAAGGACUGGACAUGUUUUGUUGGGGAACACUCAAACCAUCCAGCACAACAGAAGUAGUAGAGUAUCAAGACAUGAAAAGGCUUUUAGCACGACUACGAACAGGGGCAUUACCUCGGAGACUAGCACCAGCACAAAAUAUGAAGAUUAUGACUAUGAAGACACGGAAGAAGGACUUAGGGUGACAAGGUCCAUUAGAAGGCGAGCACGCUGGACCAAAAAUGAUCAGCUCGUUCGAGAGGGCAUGGAAAAAGGUGGGGUUCUCAGACUCCCUGCCCUCCGAAUGGUCGACUCAGGGAACUACAGCUGCUAUAGGGGUGACAGGCUAGUUUCAUCAGUUAAAAUUAGUGUAGGCGUUUCUCCUGAGAGACCUACCUUGUCAUGCCACAAGAAAUCCCACACUAGCAAAAUCCGCUGUGAGUGGAUAUCCCGACAGCCCAUAAUCCCACGCCCUCAGUGUUACCUGCUUCUCAGGAAAGGAUUUGAAAAGUUCUCUCGUGUGAAUUGUUCAUACUCUCCCGGGCACUCUCGUUGCUGGUGUGCUUUACCCUGUGUGGAGGGUGACAGAAACUAUUAUGAUGCUAAACUCUGUGUAACCAACACAGUCGGAAAUGCCACCAGCCCUAGCUUCACCUACAUUCCGCCAGAUAUCAUUAAGCCAGACCCUCCGGCUCAGGUGUUAGUGAAACCAGUUGAGGGAGAACCUCACACUCUUUGUGUUACCUGGACUUACCCAUCCACUUGGAAGCAGAAUCACUUCUACAUUCUCCACUUCCAGCUAAGAUAUCGUCCUGUGCAGGCCUUAGAGUAUCAGCUAGUAUACAUAAGCACAGACAGUCUCAAGCACUUGUGGUUGAUUUCGGAUGCUCUGCCCAACACUCAGUAUGAGAUUCAGCUUCACGCUAAAGAUGAGUUUGAUGGUAUGUGGAGUGACUGGAGCAGUCCAGUGUAUGGACACACAUGGACAGCUCCUAAACCCACCAUGGCCAUUGACGUCUAUACCAGUCUGGAACCCUUUUGGAACCUUUAUGAAGAUGGGUCUGGUGAAUUGGAAGUAAAUCCUGGUGGUGUAAUUAGACCUGAAGCUGGCGGUUUUGGUAUAAUAUAUAUGUUAUGGGUGGUGGGACUCUGUCUUCUCAUCACCAUCAUCAUGCUCUCUGUAUAUUCCAUCAGACAAAAAGUGCAGUUCAUACCCAAAAUGACGAAAAAAAGUGUUCCCUCACCCUCUACAACUUCUACUCCUCCGCUCCUGGUGGCCCAAAGCCAGCACAACUUACCAUCUGAGGAGGAAAAACAAGGGGAGGCCAUCUACCUACAUAACGUGGAUUACUUUUUUUCCUCCUAUAUACUGGACACGUCAGAUGCUUGAGUGUAACUUGAGCUUGUCAGCUGAUGCCUAAUUUAUGUUACAAUGUUCACAGGCAAGGACAUUCAUACUGUACUGAAAUGAUUAAACAAAAGCUUCAAAAAUUUCAGCAGUGCCCGAAGCAAUAAGAGGUAGAGAUUAAACCCAGGGUCUGCAUGAACAGAUCAUUGUUAAGAAACACUCAUUAAUCUUACCCUGUGUCACCUUUUAACUGGGUGCUUUACAUUACAUUUGGUAGUCUGAGGAAGGCCAACACAAGUAAUAGAAGGACAAUUCAGUCAAGCGUGUUCCUCCAUGCAUUACGGCUCUGUGUAGGAAUGUGCCGCUGACUGGUAAAAAGAAGUACCUGAAGGCUUUUCUUGUAUUGCAAAGGCCAUGCGCUAGCCUGUGGAUAACGUGCAUAAGGCCAAGGAUUAUGAUGCAGUGGAAUUGGAAUGUCUGAAUGUCUAAAUGUACUUUUUAAAAAUCUGGCAAACUCUCUGCCAUCCGGCUGGGCGGCUACAUGAACAAUGAUUGGCUGUUGUUUAAAGCAGUGGUCCCCAACCACCGGGCCCUGGGUCAUUUAUUACCGGGCCACACAGAAAGAAUAAAUAAUUAGAGAUCGUCACAUCAGCAAUGAAAACACUGCUUUCCAUUUCCACAUGGCUGUUUAUCAUCUCAUAUCACCCCCAGGUGGAAGCAGCGUCUUGUUGCAGUGAAAAAAGCUCAUUUGUGUGCAGUAUAGUUUAUUCUAUUUUAAAUCCUCCCGCCCCGCCAGUCUGUGAAAUUUUAUCUGAUAUGAAACAGGUCCGUGGUGCAAAAUAGGUUGGGGAGCACUGGUUUAGAAGGUGGGAUUACCGGACCAGGGUUCCUCAUAACUGGUGCAAUUACGUCCUCUGCUGGCUGAUUGAUGGCGCCUGCGCAGAGUUGGGGAAUAAUGCUGAUCAGGGUGUGGCUCUUCAUGCACAAAGCUGAUUCGCAUAUGAACUCGCCUCGUGCAGGUGAAAAGAGGCAGUCGGUACUGUACACGUGUCGGAGGGGGAUGUGUCAGUUGUGAAGCUCCUCAGUCAGCAGUGGACGGUUGUAUCGGUACAGGUGCAGCAUAACACAGUCAGGGUAAUUGGAUACAACUAGAUCAGGGGAGAAAAAAAUCUGCCCAACUGGGACCACAACAGGGCACAUUUGCACACUUGCAGUUUAGCAAAAGCUUGCUGGCUGAACACUGAGCAUGCACAUGCAGUCCCUAAUAUUUGAGUUGACGUACUUAUCGAUUUGCUUUGUGUAGCUCUAAGGCUAAUGGAAACAAACUAGCCACAUUAGUGCCACCUUACCGCAGACGUAAUAUGUGUAAUAUAAAUGUAUGUAAAAUAUACAGUAUGUAAAAAAUAUGUAAAAAGCAGGCACUUGGGUAGAGCUGCGGUCUAUUCAAAUCUCAGGAUUUAAAUCUCAGCAGUGCUAUCGGCCAGUCACACUUCUACACAAACAUGAUUGGCAACUCUUGGGAGGAAUUCUGUCUUCUGUCAACUCUUGGGUCAUUCUCCUGACAUGGUGGUUGUGUGUUAGUGUGUGUUGUGCUGGAUCAGACACAGCAAUGCUGAUGGAGUUUUUAAACACCUCACUGUCAGUGCUGGACUAAGAAUAGUCCACCAACCAAAAAUAUAUCCAGCCAACAGCACCCUGUGGGCAGCGUCCUGUGACCACUGAUGAAGGUCUAGAAGAUGACCAACUCAAACAGCAGCAAUAGAUGAGCGAUCGUGUCUGACUUUACAUCUACAAGGUGGACCAACUAGGUAGGAGUGUCUAAUAGAGUGGACAGUGAGUGGACACGGUAUUUAAAAACUCCAGCAGUGCUGCUGUGUCUGAUCCACCCAUACCAGAACAACACACACUAACACACCACCACCAUGUCAGUGUCGCUGCAGUGCUGAGAAUGAUCCACCACCUAAACAAUACCUGCUCUGUGGUGGUCCUGUGGGGGUCCUGACCAUUGAAAAACAGGGUGAAAGCAGGCUAAAAAAGUAUGUAGAGAAACAGAUGGACUACAGUCAGUAAUUGUACAACUACAAAGUGCUUCUAUAUGGUAAGUGGAGCUGAUAAAAUGGACAGAGUGUAGAAACAAGGAGGUGGUUUUAAUGUUAAGGCUGAUCAGCGUAUGAAGCAUUACUAUAGAUAAAUCUGAUACAUUUGAGAUAUUCAAUAUACCAAGCUGUCAGUUUAUCUCUCUCUUUUUUCUCUCUUUCUCUGCCAUAUUUAGGUUUUACCACAGUGGAUCAUUCUGGCACAGUUUUUAUGCCAGAUGCCCUUAUUGACAAAACUUUCUUUACUUUUAUUCAGGCCUGGCACCAGCACUGAGAACGCACUGACAAGUGCACCUCCCAUGGCUAGGCUGUUUUAGCCAUAACACAUUCUCAGACAUUGUCAAACAUGUCUGUGUAGGCACCUGACUCACUGAUAGCACUGCUGAGAUUUAAACCCCGGAUCUUUGAGGUAGUGGGCCAGAGAGUUUUACCGCUGCGCCACCCGGGCGACCUCUCGGUCAGCUUUGAUACUGAUUGUAUAUUUGGCUCAUGUUGUAUAUUUUAAAUCCACCUACUGAUUUAUGUAUAUAUGCAGUUCUUGUUAAGCAAACUUUUAUCCAGGGGGGGAUUUGUUCACAAUUUAUAUUAAAAAGAGUCAUUAUAUUUUUAUAUAGCCCAAUCAUUUGAAAUAAAAAUGACUUAUUUUGUGGUACUUGUAAAA